AGAAGUAAUUAACAGUUUAUUUUUAACUGAUGGUGAGACGUGCUUGGUAAAUUGUGACGAAAGGGAAAUGAUUGAUUGUGAGAGGUUUGCGCCAAGGGUGAGGCAGACGUUCGUAGCCUUGGGCCCCAUCCUCAUCACCACCUCCUUGGGCAUGACCGAGGGCUUCUCCGCCAUCCUCCUCCCCCAGCUCAACUCCACGUCCCUCCAAAUCGACGAAGAAACCUCCUCUUGGAUCGCCUCCAUGGCCGCCUUGCCCAUGGCCUUGGGCUGCAUCCUGGGGGGCAUCCUCAUGGAGAAGAUCGGUCGGAAGGCCACCCACAUGCUCACUUGCCUCCCCUGCGUUAUCGGCUGGCUCAUCCUCUAUUUCGCCUCCUCGGUGGACAUGAUCCUCGUCGGCCGCUUCCUCACCGGCUUUUGCGUGGGACUCCUGGGGCCCCCGACAGGGGUCUACAUGAGCGAGACUUCCGAGCCCAAAUUCCGGGGCUUCCUCCUGGCUUCCAUCAGUUUUGCCAUCGCUUUGGGCUUGUUUUUGUCACACCUGAUUGGGACUUUUGUCAAUUGGCAGGACACGGCCUUGACGUGUUGUAGUUUCCCGGUCAUUUGUCUCGUUUUUAUGGGCUUUGCCCCCGAAAGCCCCACUUGGUUGGCGAAACGGGGGCGUCUAGAGGAGGCCAAAAGGGCGUUUGUUUGGUGCAGAGGACAAUCGGAGGAGGCGGUGAACGAGUUAGAGGUUUUAAUCAACCGACAGACUAUUUUAAAUCAAGAGGAGACGAAAAGUUUUUGUGAAAUAAUUAAAGACUUGAAGCGACCGGAAUUUAUCAAACCGUUGGUCAUUAUCGUGGUUUUUUUCGUCACGUGUCAAUGGUCAGGUCUUAACGCUAUCACUUUUUACUCAGUCACGAUAAUUCAGCAGACUUUGGGCGGAAACUUUGAUGAGUAUCUGGCAAUGUUGAUUAUUGACUCAAUUAGGGUUUUUAUGUCCGUUCUAGCGUGUGUCCUUUUAAAAAAAUUAGGGCGCCGCCCUUUGGCCAUAAUCAGCGGUGUUGGCACUUUCGUUUCACUUUUCAUUUUAAGUUCGUUCACUUUCGCGGUUAAAUUUUAUCCCGCAAUUUCGGUCUACACUUUCAUUCCCUUGGUCUCAUUGAUAACGUAUGUCAGUUUUAUUACCAUUGGGUUCGUCCCAUUACCAUGGACCAUGAUGGGUGAGGUCUUUCCCCUAGCCAAUCGAGGCAUAGGGAGCGGAAUUUCGGCACUAAUGGCCUACGUUGCGUUUUUUUCGGUGGUUAAAACCACGCCAGCUAUGAUCCAACAUUUUGGGCUUGAGGGCACGUUUUUUAUUUACGGAAUGUUGGCAUUGGUGGGGACCAUUAUUUUGAUUUUGUUUCUACCAGAAACGAAAGACAAGGCUUUGUACCAGAUCGAGGAUAAUUUUAAGCUUGAUUGUAAAUAAAUUAUUGGCGAAAUAAAAUUCAAAAAAA